AUAUAAUUUUAAUAUUUAUUUUCAUAUUUCAUAGCAAUAGCUUUUGGACUUGUAGGAAAAAAAAAGGAAACGCCAACAAGUAUAGAGAACAGCAAUUGUACGUUAAAAUUAUAAAAUUUAAAUGGAUACAAAUAUACCAGCUGUGCAAACGUAUAAUGGAGGUAUCAUAUUCGUAAGCUAUUUGAUUUCAAUUAUUGGUGCAAUGACAACGCUAGAAUUACUACAACGUAGAACCCAUAUUAGAGGAUACUACAAUUGGUUUUUGUUAUUUGCUGCAGCUGCUUUGAUGGGUGGUGUAGGUAUAUGGUCAAUGCAUUUUAUUGGCAAUAAUAGCCUCACAAUUAUACUUGAAAGUGGUGAUAAAUAUCAACUUUCGUACUCGCCUGGUUUUACAUUUUUAAGCUUAGUCGUUGCUAUCAUCACCAUGUUUCUAGCAUUUGUGUUUGUUGGUAUUACGGAGGAGAUAAAGAUCGGAAGGAUCAUCCUAAGUGGAGUUAUUGCGGGGGGUGGCAUUGUAGCUAUGCAUUAUUUAGGACAAGUUGCUGUUGAUUUCUUUGUAAUGAAAAAUAAAACUCCAUUUGUCAUUGGGGCCUUAAUAAUCGCUGUCUGUGCAGUCACAACGGCACUAUUUAUUUUCUUUAAACUACGCGAACAGUGGGCGAACCAAUGGUAUAAACGUCUCGGUUGUGCAAUGCUAAUGGGUGCUGCCGUUUGUGGUAUGCAUUAUACAGCUUUGGUUGGAACAAUAUAUUACCCAGGGAAUUCUGAUUUAGGUCCACCUACGCCCAUUCUUCAAACAGCAGCCUUAAUUGGAAUUGUCUCUGCUAUAGUUGUAACAGGAUGUAUUAUUUUAUUUUUCAUAGUUGCUAAAACUAAAAUUGAAAAUAACAAGUUACCUUGUGAGAAAAAAUCAUGUAAGCGACUUAUAUUAAAUACAGUCUUUUUUGAUACAAAUGGAAGAAUUAUGGUUAAAACUGAUGGUAUCGUCCCCAUGAAAGAGGUCCUGACAAAUAUUCCGGAUGAAUUUUUUGACACAUUCACUAUAAGCCAUCCUCUUUUUACCAAGCUCUUUGAAACCUCAAUCCAAUGGUGUAAAACUACGGAUGAAAAGUAUGAUACAUUUGUCAAUCUUAGCCCUCAAGAACCGGAUAGUUAUUAUACAAUCGCAAAUAAAGCAUUCAUCAAGACAGCAACUGAAUUUGUAGAUGAGCUUCGAUUAUUAUCCUUAUCAGAUCUUGGAUAUCUUUUUGAUUCGAUUUUAACAGCAAACACGAUAUCCAAAAGCAACUUUUUCUCAUCUGAAUUAAAGACAAAACUCACUAUUGAAAGAAGUAACAGUAUGGCAUCAUGGCUUUUACCAAAUCAUAAUUCAAAAGAAAUACCAAUCAGUAAUGCUCAUACAGAUUCAUCAAAAGGUGACAAUAAUGGUAAUAAGCAAGGCCCUCAUCAUCAUUCCACACCAUCUACAACAUCAUUAUCCAAAGAUAUGACCAUUAUUGACGUUUUUCAUGAGUACUCCUCCUCUAAUAUUCGGUCUAGUAAUAUCAGCAGUAGCAGCAGUAAAAAGCUUUCAGUUCAGAACUCUGAAUCAGAGGAUCGACAUAUAUUCUUGGUUAAAAAAAUCUAUUCAGACAAAGACUUGAUCGAUUUAUUAUCCGUUGGAUUUAGAUUCGCAGAACCGGUUUUCAUAGCCAAAACAAUGAGCGAAAAAUUAAAGAUACCCUCUGAAUAUAUGCUAAAUUAUUUUCAUGAUAUGCUUCAAAUGUCAGAAGCAGCGGCUACCCUAUACACGCCUAAUAAUCCAUCCAUCCAUUCCUUACAAACCCACGAGGGCCAGUUGAAUAGUAAAAAAGAAAAUAUUGAAGGAGGGGUCUUUGUAGGUCUUUUCGUCCUAAUAGAAGAUGAAAAUGGUAUACCAAAUGAAAUACCAAACAUCAUGAUCGAUAAGAGCUCAAGAUUAGCGUUUCCAAUAGUUCCACUUACCUUUGAAGAAGAUGAAGAAGAAAAUGAUGAUGACUACAAGACGCAUUCAAAACGAAAACCAGUUGAAUUAACAAGAUUGCAAAAAGAUAUUCUUUUGAAUUUGAGUGGACAGUCUUUAUCAACCAUCUCCUCUCUUCAUUCUACAGAUUCCAUAUUCUCGCAUGAUAUAGAUAUAACUGAAAAGCAAAAUGAUGUUUCAAAUGUGUCGCCACAACAGAGUUUUGGAUCAACAAAGACGAUAGUAGUCGAUCAUAAUGGGUCUCUUUCUUUUUCAUAUGAGCAUAAUACUGAUUUAGCCCCUACCCAAGUUUCAUCUUUGAAGAAAGGGAAGGAUCAAUUUUUAAAUGCUCUUAUAACUGCUACAAAAAAAUUAAUUGACGUAUCUAGCUACGGUAAACAUUUGUCUUUGUCAGCCAAAUUAUAUAGAGAAGUAUUAGAUAUCCCAGCUUUUAGUUUACGAGCUGGCCCAUGUCAACUUAUUUUAUUUAGAGCACAUGUCAAUACACCUGGAACCCGGUUUGCUAUUAAUCAAACAUGGACUGAAUCAGUUAAAUGCAUUCCAUUCCCUAUUUAUUGUAAUUUUGUGUACCAUAUAACGGAUAUUGCAAUAGAAAAAUAUCGUGCUGAGCAAAAUAGAACUAAAGCACCCUCUUCUUAUCUAACUCAACAGCGUCUGUACCAAUCUACAGCUGCGCGUAAUCAAGAUUUGUAUAAAUCAAAGAGUCAUGAUGCAUUAGACGGUGGAAGUCAAACAGUCAACAUAGUAGAGAAUAAGUUGGCUCGGUUUACUUCUUAUGACUCUUCGCCAAUAAGUGAACAUUCAUAUAAAGAAACCAACGCGUUACAACAGCAACAAAUACUCUCUUCAUUACCUCCUCCACCUCGUGUAAAGCGAAGUAAGUUUGGGUUCCCAGCUAGUAUCGGCUCAUUAGAUAUAAGUUAUAUUAGUAAAGAUAUUUUACCAAACAUGAUGAAGACUACAGACGUAAUACCAUUAAAUUCUGUUAAUAUACCAAUGACAGAGGCAUCUAUAGUUUUAAAUUUAUUGCCAUUGAAAGAUAGGUUUUGGUGGCUACGCAAUAUCUAUGAAGAUAUAUACCAUGCAUAAUAUAUUUAUAUAGUGGUUAGAGAUCCUUUAUUAUUAUUAUUAUUAUAACUUACUUUCCUUCGUUUCUCUACUUGCAAAUUUUAAUAGCAAGUAAAAUAAUUUUUAAUUUACAGGUUCUCCCCCCACCUCCUAUAUACAUUUUUUC